GCUUACUAAGUUAGAGUCCAUCGAAAUGCAUCCCCAGAACGAACAGUUUGUAAUAUUACUGCGGCUGCUGCUGCUCGGCUGUUGCCUGAUUCCUUCAGCACUUGGCUAUCUGCCGGAUGUCAACAUAUUCACCAACUAUCGCACAGAGGUCUACAAUGGUAUUCCGUCGGACAUUGAUACGACUCCGUUUAUACGCAUUGGCGACAACUAUUACUACAUUGAGCCGAUGAACAAGGUGAACUGGUUCCAGGCGGCGGGCGCUUGCCGCAUGAUGAACGCCCACUUGGCCUCGAUUGAGGACAAGCCGGAGAUGGAGGCGCUGGUCAAGUACAUCAAAACGAAGGGCUUCAAGAAUAACGAUUACUUUUGGAUAUCGGGCAACGAUCUGGGCACCGAGGGCGCCUUCUACUGGCUAUCCACGGGUCGCCCGAUGACCUAUGCCCCCUGGAACGGACCCAAGCAGAUGCCCGACAAUUACGGUGGCAACGAGAACUGUGUCCACAUGUUUGGCACUCGGGAGCUGAUCAACGAUGCCAACUGCAAGAUACUGAUGCAGUACAUUUGUGAAGCCAGUGAUCCCAAGACCUUCAAGUUCACCUACAUUAAGUGGUAGAAAAUAGGGAGUACUUCGAUAUAUUUUGUUUUUUGCGUGCGUGGGAGACACGGCAUUUAUUGGGAGCUGUUGCCUCGGUUUGCAUUUGCAGCGCAUCUUCGGCAACGGCUUUUCAUCAUCUUCGUCAUUCAUCAAAUAUCAAUAUCAUUAUAGUUAUCGUUAUCAUUAUCGUUAUUGACCGGCUUACGCAUCGAAUUUGCUAAGUAUACAUUAUACAUCAGUUGAUUUACGAUUUA